CUGAAACUGGAAUUUCUUGUUACUGUUAACAUGGUUUACAUAAUGUGGGUUGUGAAUAUCACUUAAAUUUGUCAGUUUGCCUGAGAGUCUAUUGAUUCUAUAUUGUUGACGCCAGCUGAAUAUGGUCUCUGUUAACUGGAUUUUAUAUAGUGUAACAAAACUUUCCUGUUCUAAGUAUAAACAAGAACUUCCAUUUGAAAAGGACUCCUAGGAGUUGAAGCUGAGGCAUUCAAUGCAGGAAACAGACUUCAGAGAGAAAGACGAGAUGCAGAAUCUGUGCGUUACAAAUAGGGGAACAGAGCACUGUUGUGGGGACCACAGACAGAGACUGGAGUUGUUCUGCCAGGAGGAUGAGGCCUUUAUCUGUGUCCUGUGUGUUCCCAGGCAUUCAUGUCACAGUUUUGUGUUCCUGCACGAGGCAGUCAGUAUGUAUAAGGACAAGCUGAAAACAUCAUUGUCAUCCCUGGAACUAAAAGUCAGAGAUCUUAAAGAUUUACAAACCAAGAAUGAGACUGAAUUCCUGGAGAUACAAGAACGUGCUGUUAAUUUGGAAAAAUACAUUGCAGAAGAGUUUGUUCAACUGCACCAGUUUCUCCGUGACAAGGAACAAAAACUCAUUUAUCAACUUAACAGCAAAGCAUCAGAAAUUCUGAAAGAGACAGAAGAAAAUCUUGAAUGCAUUAAGACUGGCAGUACAGAAAUCCACUCAGCAGUAUCUGAUAUUAACUUGGAAAUCAAAACAGAAGUAGAGGUUCUGGAAGAGAGAAAUGAUGACACAGACUAUCUGACAACCACUGAGGAAUCAGUGUCUGGUGACACAUCAGAACAUGGAAAACACAAAGCUAAUGGAAUUCUAUCAGCUCCAGAAUCCUUUGAGGAUGUUGCUGUUACUUUCUCAGCAGAGGAGAUGAAGAUGUUAACAAAACAAGACAAGGAGCUUCAUAAGGAAGUGAUGUUAGAGAACUAUGAAACCUUAGUUUCAGCAGGUUACAAGAUCCCCCCAGAGGCAUUGUUAGUGCUACUUAAAGAAGAUAAUGCUGAGCUGCGAGUGAAUGACCAGGAGGGGAUAAACAGAACAGAACACAAGAAUAAUUUUAAGGAAAAACCCGACAGCAAUGGGAGCAGAGACUGGAACAUUUACUGGAGUCAUCAGCCAUCACUUGGAGUAUCUGUAUUACAUUAUCCUACAGAGAACCUGCAGCACUCUGUUCAAACUCUGAAGGGCUCCGACAAGCAUCCUGUUAUACCUAUAGCACAGCUUCAUCCAGGAAACACCUGCAACAUGAACGCUGAAUGUGACCAAAGUUCUGUAGUACAGCAAUGUCCAUUAGUACGCAGGAGAGCUCACAAAGAAAAGAAACCAUAUAACUGUCCUGAAUAUAAUAAGUGUUUUGGACUAAGACAUAACCUAGUAAUACAUGAACGGACUCACGUGAGGGAGAGACCAUAUAAAUGCCCUGAAUGCAGUAAGUGUUUUAUAGAAAGAAGAGCUCUAAUAAGCCAUGAAAUGACCCACACAGGGGAGACACCAUAUAAAUGUUCUGAAUGCAAUAAGUGCUUCAGACAACGGGGGGCUCUAGUAAUACAUGAAAGGACUCACACGGGGGAGAGACCAUAUAAAUGCCCUGAAUGCAAUAAGUGUUUCAGACAAAGGGGGGCUUUAGUAAGACAUGAAAGGACACACACUGGGGAGACACCAUAUAAAUGUCCCGAAUGCAAUAAGUGUUUCAGACAAAGGUGGAAUCUAGUAAUACAUGAAAGGACUCACAUGGGGGAGAGACCGUAUAAAUGCCCUGAAUGCAAUAAGUGUUUCAUAGAAAGAAGAGCUCUAAUAAGCCAUGAAAGGACUCACACAGGGGAGACACCAUAUACAUGUUCUGAAUGCAGCAAGGGUUUCACAACAACUAGUAACCUUAGACGUCAUCUGUUAGUUCACAAAGAAAAGAAACCAUAUACAUGUCCUGAAUGCAGCAAGGGUUUCACAACAACUAGUAGCCUUAGACGUCACCUGUUAGUUCACAAAGAAGAGAAAUCAUUUAAAUGUCCUGAAUGCAAUAAGUGUUUCAGACAAAGGGGGCAUCUAGUAACGCAUGAAAUGACUCACACAGGGGAGAGACCAUAUAAAUGUCCUGAAUGCAAUAGGUGUUUCAGACAAAGGGGGACUUUAGUAAUACAUGAAAGGACUCACACAGGGGAGACACCAUAUAAAUGCCCUGAGUGCAAUAAGUGUUUCAGACAAAGGGGGACUUUAGUAAUACAUGAAAGGACUCACACGGGGGGGAGACAAUAUAAAUGUCCUGAGUGCAAUAAGUGUUUCAGGCAAAGGUGGACUUUAGUAAUACAUGAAAGGACUCACACAGGGGAGGUAAAUUAGAGGAAAGAAAAAUAUUUUCACAGGAAAAACUGUCAGAAGCUUCAAAUAAAAAUUUGCAUUCAUUAAUACAACAGACUUUUGAAAAACA